CCCAAAAAGAGAAACAUGAAUGCACCAUGUCUGUCUGAAAUCUGAAUAUAUCGUGACAUUCGUUCGUUUCUCUCUCUCUCUCUCUAAAAAAACUCUCUCUCUCUCUCUCUUCAAAAUCAAAAUCCCCCCAAAACCAAACCCUUAUUAACUCCUCUUUCACUUCACCCCGAGAUCUAAUCGAAAACCUUGAUAUAAGGUUUUAGUGGUAUCAUGGAAGAACCAGAAAAUGUUUCAGAAACCACUGUGACCCAUGAUGUGAAAGUUGGUGGUGAAACCCUAGAUGGGUCUGUGGUAUGUGGGGGUCACAAUGAAGUGAUUUGUGGUGAUUCUGUUGGGGUAGGUGGUGGGACCGAAUAUCUGGUUGAGGAAUCUAAGGUUGUAGAAUUUGAAGAUGCCGGUAGCGAGAAUGCGGCGGCAGUUGAGUUGGGUAGCGUUGUUUUGGGAGGGGAAGUGAGAGAUGAAGCAGUAGUUGGUAGCGAGUCUUGCACAGUUGUCGAAACAACAAUCGAUGACUUCAAUAUGGUGGAUGCUGCCAAGGCCGCAGAUCAUAGGGUGGCAAAUACUAGCAAUGAUGAUGCUUUAACGGGUAGUUCUGUAAGGGAAGAAAAUGUACAGUGCUUUGGCCUUGAAAAGUGCAACGCAAAGGAGCAAUUGAUAGUUGACAACGAUGUGAGUGGUGUUUCUUCCUUGGAUGCUCAACAAUCUGAUGUACAUGAGGGGAUGCAAAUAGAUGGUGAAGAUCAACAAGGAACAGAACGAAACGAAAUAGUGAAUCACACUGCAGAGGUUAAAGGUUCGUCGGCAUCUAUUGAGACUGAGGAAAACUUGGAUGCUAAUGCAAUUGUAGAAGAAGACACUCAAGUUACUGACCAAGGGAGCCAUGCGCCAUUGCGUGAUGGAAAGGAAAAAGUCAACGAGGAGUCAAAUGGUGGUCAGGAAAUUGAAAAAGUUAAUGAAGUUGGGAAGAGAAAACUAAGAGAUAGAAAAGCCGGAAAACAUGCACUUGUGAAGCCUGGUAGUUCAGAAAUAGUUCAUCAGGCACGAUAUUUGCUGCCAAAAGAAAAAGAAGAAGGCGAGUUUUCUCUCUCUGAUAUGGUUUGGGGCAAAGUGAGAAGUCACCCAUGGUGGCCUGGGCAGAUAUUUGAUCCGUCAGAUGCAUCUGAGAGGGCAAAGAAGCAUUAUAAAAAAGAUUGCUAUUUCGUCGCAUAUUUUGGUGACAAAACAUUUGCAUGGAAUGAAGCAUCUAAGCUAAAGCAUUUUAGGGCACAUUUCUCCACAAUUGAAGAGCAUAGGAAUCGUUCAGAAUCAUUCCAGAGUGCUAUUAAUUGUGCUUUGGAUGAAGUUUCAAGACGAGUCGAAUAUGGGCUAGCAUGUUCUUGUAUACCUAAAGACACCUAUGACAUGAUUAAAAGCCAGACAGUAGAAAACACCGGGGUUCAACAAGAAAUAAGUAUCACACAUGGGGUGGAUGAGUCUCUAAAUGUUGACUCAUUUUCACCUUUGAAUCUUAUAGAAUAUGUGAAAACACUAUCCGAGUUUCCUACGGCUGGCUUUGAUCGUUUGGAGCUUGUGACUGCUAAGGCUCAGCUGCUUGCUUAUAAUCGUUUUAAGGGUUUCUCUUGUUUGCCAGAAAUACAACAUUGUGGAGGUGUUGACCCGGACAAUUCAUUUUUUGUUGACAAUGAACAAGAUUUGUGUGAAGAUACUGAGAACGCAACUCCUGUAGUUAAAAAAGGCAGCACCCGUCAAAAGCGUAAAUAUAAGUUCAAGGACACUUUGCAUCCGACAAAGAAGGAAAAAAGGAUGUCAGACCUAAUGAAUGGGACUCCAGAUUCUCCCGAUAGUGAUGGUUGGACUCCAGAUAAUUUGGUUUCACCUGAACAUUCCAAGAAAAGGAGCAAGAGCGCUAUUGAUCCCUACGCCGAUGACUCUGAAAUGCAAGAUGGGAGAAAAACAAUUUCUGUUGCAAAAGUUUCAAAUACGACAAAGUCAUCGUUUAAAAUCGGUGACUGUAUUCGUCGGGCUGCUAGUCAACUCACUGCGUCAUCUUCUAUAAGGAAGUGUUCUAGUGACCGAUCUCCAAAGGCAGAUGGAGACUUUGAUGUUUUUCCUGAUAAUGAAUCAGAUGUGUCUCUCCCAACUGAUGAAGAUGAUCAGGAUUCGACAGAAUAUUCGUCUCUAGAUGAUUUGCUAUCUUCACUUCAGCUUGUGGCACAAGAACCCCUUGGAGAGUAUACUUUUCUGAAUGGCAGCAUAGUCAGCUUUUUUUCUGAUUUCAGAAAUUCUGUAGUUGUGGCUGCUGAUUGGAAAGAGAUUUUACGUACGGAUAAUUUUGGUAUUAAGAGAAAGAAACCCCCAAUAGUUGGAACUGGAUCACCUGAAACAUUUGAAUUUGAAGAUAUGAGCGACACAUAUUGGACUGACAGGGUCAUUGACAAUGGCACUGAAGAGAAACCAGCGCAACAGAAACCAGUGCAACAAAAACCAGUGCAACAACCAUCACGGAAAAACCAGAAAAAAGACGAACAACCAGUCUCUGCUAAGUCACCAAAGCCAGCUGUUAAAUCACCAAAGCCAGCUACCAAGUCACCAAAGCCAGCCCAAGUUAAUCGUAAGCCCUAUUCCAAGAAAAACAAUUCUGAAAGCAAUCCUUCCGAGGCUCCCGAAAAACCUCCUGGUUAUAUAGAUGACAAUGCUCCUGCUGAGCUUGUUAUGAACUUUGCCGAGCUCAAUUCUGUUCCCUUAGAAGCAAACCUUAACAAAAUGUUUAAGCGUUUUGGACCACUUAAGGAAUCUGAAACAGAAGUUGAUAGAGUAAGCAGCCGGGCAAGAGUGGUCUUUAAGAAAUGUGUGGAUGCAGAGGUAGCUUUCAAUAGUGCUAAAAAGUUCAACAUAUUUGGAUCAGUACUCGUAAAUUACCAACUUAAUUACACUCCAAGUGCACUGUUCAAAGCUUCAUCUGUUGAUGCAACACAAGACCAGGAAAUGGUUUUCGAUCUCUCCAAUUUUGAAGUUAAUAUGGUCUAGAUUGUUUGGGAAUGUUGACAAAUGAUAUUGCGGCAUAUAUUUGACCGAAGAAAUUUUUAUGAAGUGACUGCUGAAGGUAUCCAGAAUGUUGAUUCGUCCGGACAUUAAUUUUUCUGUGAAAGAGAUAUUUUAGGUAGUUUUGUGUAUAGCUUUGUCAUCUGACCCUCAUUUGUAGUUGCCAUCACUCUCCUUAUUGUUUUUAUUUUCUCUAGUCUGAAUAUCAAUGCUACAUAUACUAGUUAGCAGUUACUAUACUAGUCAUCCCUUUAGAGGGAUACAAGUUGGUGUUGGGCGAUUUAAUUGUAUGCAUCAGUAGUUUUAAGUGCAGUGGUUGUUAAUUGUUAACGUAUCGUUGUUAAAAUCUUCAUAUUUCAUUGCAUGUGGUUAUUAUGUUGACACUUUUAGACA